AUGCUCCUCCAUGUUGCUGAUGUCGAUAUUUUACUAUCUAGCUAUAAUCCGCAUAUUUGUAUUCUAACAGGCGUUGGUGCAGGCAUAAAGAAAAAUUUUACCUUUCCAAAUUAUCAUGUAAUCGCACAAACAGGUACUAACUCUUUUGGAGGUGUAAUUAUACUGCAUCAUCAGAAUAUUAAAUGUAAAAUAACAGAUAAAGAGCCCAACUUUAUUCUGAUUGAAAUACUACUAUCUAAAGAAUCUAUCUAUAUAGGAGGAAUAUAUGUUCCUCCUAAAUCCUUACCACCCUUUCGAUUACUAUCAAAACAUCUAAAUAAAACAUGCUAUAUUUUUGGUGAUAUAAAUGCUAAACAUACUGAAUGGCAAUGUAAAAGAAAUAAUCAGAGUGGUAUUCACCUUCAAAACUGGUUAGAUGAAACAGGUAACGAAUUAAUCAUACCACAUAAACCAACGUCAAAAAGAUCAGACUCAAUUAUUGAUUUUGGUAUAACAAACAAUGCAGCUGGGUGGACCUCUGAAGUACUAAAUGAAGGUACUUCAGAUCACUAUCCAAUUUUAUUUCAAUCAUCAAUAUCGAUCGACGAAAAAUUAUUCUUUAGAAUAACGAAUUGGAAAUUAUUUACUUUUUUCUUGUCCGCAAUAUAUGAAUAUUGGUUAUCAAUAGUUUACAACAUAGACGAACAAACAUUCUUUAAUUUAUUCUCAGCUUUCCUUGCCUCUCUAUGGGAUCGAUGUAGCACGUUUGAACAUUCAGCAAAUUACCGUCCUCCAUGGCCUCCUCAUCUAGUUAUGAUGGCAAAAUCAGUCAAUCGAGCGCGCCGUAAAUACAGAAGAAACCGUAGCAUGUCAAAUCUGCAAUACUUUCUAUCAAUGAAAGACAUAUUUCUUAGCGAAAGAAAUUUAAUUUUACAAACAAAAACAGAAAUGAAGUUAUCCUGGAUUUCAAAAGGACAAAACAUAUGGAAAUUUGCAAAACCAUCUUUCCAUGCUGUUGCACCCCCAUUUCUGGGAAUAUCAAAAGACUCAAGGAAGAUCACUAAUACACAAGAAAUUGCGGAUACAAUAGCAAAUUUUUUUGAGAAACAUUUUCAAGAACCGGCAU